AUGGCCGUUCAAAGCCGCACUUCAGCACUCCUCGCAUACCCCAUCGCCCUCGUCAAUGCCGUCAUAAGCCCCUCCACGCGUCAAAACGCCUACGACGCAGUUUUCACAUUCGCGAAAGAACAACCUCUCCUAACAUCCUUCAUAAUCCCGCACAUCAUCCUCUCCUUCCUCCCCCUGGCGCUCUUCCUGUCCUUCGCCCUCGGCACAAUCAUACUAUCUUUCAUCGUCGCGCUGCUGUUCAGCCUCUUCUGGGUGGGCGUUGCGCUUGGGGCUGGGGGUUUGUGUGUGGAUUUGGGGGAUUACGUGUUGGGUUGUAGGGAGGUGGGCUCUACGGGUGGUGCCGCUGUCAACAGUGUCAACUAA